CCGGGUCAGGUCUGAGGCGAGGCGGCGCGAGGCGCUGUCAGUGCCGCGGUGCGAGGUUCAGCCCAGCGCCGGUACCAGGAGCCGCCCCCGCCAUGGAGCCCCAUCGCUGGCUGCCCCUGGAGGCCAACCCCGACGUCACGAAUCAGUUUCUCAAACAGCUAGGUAUACAUCCUGACUGGCAAUUUGUAGAUGUUUAUGGUAUGGAACCAGAACUGCUUAGCAUGGUGCCAAGACCUGUCUGUGCAGUGCUACUUCUCUUUCCAAUAACAGAAAAGUAUGAAACCUUCAGAACAGAAGAAGAAGAGAGAAUAAAAGCUAAGGGACAAGAUGUCAAAUCAUCGGUGUAUUUCAUGAAGCAGACCAUUAACAAUGCUUGUGGAACAAUUGGGCUAAUUCAUGCUAUUGCAAACAACAGAGAUAAAAUGAACUUUGAAACUAAUUCUUCACUGAAAAAGUUCCUAGAAGAUUCAUUAUCUAUGACUCCUGAAGAGAGGGCCAAAUAUCUAGAAACUUAUGAAGCUAUUCGUGUCACUCAUGAAUCCAGUGCCCAUGAAGGUCAGACUGAGGCACCAAGUAUAGAUGAAAAAGUAGAUCUUCACUUUAUUGCAUUAGUUAAUGUAGGUGGUCAUCUCUAUGAAUUGGAUGGGCGCAAGCCAUUUCCAAUAAACCAUGGGGAAACUAGUGACGAUUCUUUCUUAGAGGAUGCAAUAGAAGUUUGCAAGAAAUUCAUGGAACGUGACCCAGAAGAAUUAAGAUUUAAUGCAAUUGCACUGUCUGCAGCUUAAAAGCCUUUUCCAGUGGGGCUGAUCUAUUGCAAUGUAUUGUAACAAUAAAACCGUUGCCAUAUGUUAAUAGUACAAAUUUUGAUACUUCCCAAACAUGUUGAUUAAUUGUAGCAUACGUGGAAUAAACUUUGCAUUUGUCCUUGCUAUAUCUUGCUGCUUGUUCCUAAAGCAACUUUGGGUAUUUAUAUACACGCAUGCAUUUUGUGCAAGACUUCUUCUUCUAUGUGGUGGGUUUUUCCCCUUCCACCCCCUUAAAAGUUUUGGGGAUUACUGUCUGUGAUAUUUCAUUAUAAUAAUGAUGAGCUAGUUCAGAGCAGGAUUAUCAUUUGUAUCAUGCACAGAUGAUAUUUUGAGUGGAGUAUGUGGUAUGUUAAUGGGUAAAAACUUGAAAUAUGAGGCUAUCUCCAUCUUUUAAUUAUAAUGAUACAAGAAUAUUAUAAAAACUUUUGCAGGUGACUCAAAAGACAAAGGCAUUUUUUUCAGUGCAUUAUUUAUAAAUAAAUAUAUGGAAGAAAAAAGGUAGAAAAAGGACUGUUUCUCCUUACUGUUGGUGAGCACUAACAUUUUAAAGUUAUCUUAAUCUUUACUUUUUGAAUAAAACUUAAUUUUGUUUCUCAAGCCUAA